CCUCAGUCUUUCAGCCUCAUGUGCAUCCAGUUGGCUUGUUACCACGGAGUGAAGGUUUUAACAACAUCUCACUCACCGCAAAAACACACAUUCCUGGAGCAGCUUCGGCCGAGCGUAGGUGUUCAGGAGCCUUUAGUAGCUAAGGUUAUUCCAGUUUAUAAUGACUCAUCGGACCUGCUGCCGGUGGUUCUGGAGGAGACGGGAGGACUGGGAGUGGAUAUAGUCAUAGACUCUGGAGUGCGUCUACAUGAUGAAGAGUCAGAGGAGACGAAGCUCUUCCCGCACAAACAUGACAUCAUCAGUGUGCUGGGAGUCGGGGGUCACUGGGUCACAUCCCACAAAGACCUGCAGUUGGAUCCUCCAGAUUGCAGACUGCUGUACUUAAAAUCAGCCUCCAUGUCUUUCCUCAACCACGAAGUGUGGACGGCUUCAUCAGCGCAGCAAGGAAGAUACCUCCAUAUUCUGAAGGACAUUGUAGAGAAGAUGGCGGCUGGAGUUCUCAGACCUCAGCCUGAGGAGGCGGUACCUCUCUAUGAAGCCACAGUUGCCAUGGAGACUGUCCAGCGUCACCAGAAAGAAAAGGCUGUCAUCCAACUCUGAACA